AUGAACCCGUUUGCCGUGUUCGUUGAUAAAAACAAUACUGUCUACGUCAGCGAUCAAAGGAACAGUCGUAUUCAAGUGUGGCUCGAAGGUAGUGUCACUCCAACAAGAACGUUCUAUGAUCAUGAUUUAAUUCAUCCACUCGGUCUCUUUGUUACAACUAAUGGUGAUAUUUUUGUUGCUUAUUCUUCGCACAAUCAAGUGCGCAAGUGGUCAUGGAAUACGAUGAGCAGUAUACCAGUAAUGAAUUUUAGUGCUUCUUGUUACGGGCUUUUUAUCGACAAGAAUAAUGAUCUAUAUUGUUCACUUUCGACCUCUCUUCAAGUUGUCAUGGUAGCACUUGACAACAGUACGAAUAUGAUAACAAACGUGACGGGUGAUGGCUCUCGUGGUCGACCUCGUAACAAACUUGUGUACCAUUACAGUAUCUUUGUUGAUGUUAAUUUCAAUCUAUAUGUAGCAGACUGUGCGAGUAACAGUAUUAUACGUUUUUCGCAUCGACAGUCGAAUGGAACCAUCGUUGCCGGAAUCGGUGCAGCCGUGAGCUUUCCGCUGUUUUGUCCAACAGGUGUUGUACUUGAUGCUGACGGUAAUCUAUUUAUUGUGGAUAGUGGCAACAAUCGCAUUGUUCGAGCAGGACCCAACGGAUUUCGAUGUGUGGUUGGAUGUUCGGAAAAACCUGGUUCUGCAUCUAAUCAAUUGAAGUCCCCGCUUGCACUCAGUUUCGAUAGCUAUGGUAACAUAUUUGUCAAUGAUCAAUUGAACCAUCGUAUUCAAAAAUUUGUUCUUACAACAAACUCUUGUACUGAUGAGUGA